AUGGAAGUUGCGGGGCUUACGAUCGGGGCGGUGGCCCUCAUUGGCACUUUCAAAGAUUGCAUCGACCUCUACUCAAUGAUUUCGGCGGCGAGGUCUCUCGGCAAGGAUGCAGCAUUGCUCGAGACGAAGCUCGACGUCGAGAAAAUGCUCUUUUUCCAAUGGGCAGACCGUGUCGGCUUGGUCAAGCCACAGGAAUGGGACAAACGUUUGGAUGACAAAGCUCUAAACGCAACAGUCGCUGGGGUACUGUCGAGCAUCAAGACUCUGCUAGAGGAAGGCGAUGCUCUGCAAACCCGAUACGGACUUGAGCGUCGCGACCUAAGCAUCGGCGAGACCGAGUUCAUUGAUGACACAGUCAAGGCCAGCACACCGCGGAUGGAGCGCUUUCUUCGAAAUUUCGAAAAGCUCAGUUUGAGUAGGAGUACCCCAGAAGGAGGUACGGAAACCAAGAGCUUCAAAGUGACAGACAAAUGGUGCUGGGUUGUGCGCGACAGAGACAAGUUUGAGCAGUUGAUCCAGGAGCUUUUUUACUUUAACUCACGACUUGACACACUGGUCCCGGACAACAAUAAUGCUAGAUCGACCUUGAUGUUGACUGAAGAAGAUCUCGCCGACAUAAGGAGCAUCCCAUACCUCAAGCUGAUUCUGAAGGCGACCCCUGGUAUACCAUAUGUCCUCAAGGCAGUCAAACGAGCUAUCCGUACCGCAAACCAGAAUCGGAUUCUGCAGCGACUGUGGUUUGGACGAAUCGAAGAUCGACGGGAAACCGUGAGCGGCGCCCAUGCAGGGACGUUUUCCUGGGCCUUGAACCCUCCACAGAGAGCCCUGGAAUGGGACGAUCUCUGCGACUGGCUUCGGGGGAAAAGCUCGGGGACCUACUGGCUGGCUGGUAAAGCAGGCAGUGGCAAAUCGACAUUGAUGAAGUACAUCCUUGGCCACUCACGAACGCAAGCGUUAUUGAAGGAAUGGACCGGCGCCUCAGAUCUCACUGUCACCGACUUCUUCUUUUAUCACUUGGGGAUGCCCGAGCAGAAAUCCCAGGAGGGACUGUUUCGCGGGCUUCUGUAUCAAGUCCUCAGUCAACACCGUGAAUUGAUCGAGACUGUGAUGCCCAACAUGUGGAAGGAAGCGCUCGCGACGGAAGACGACCCAAAGGAAGACGUCUCGAUUCCAUCUGUACGCGAGAUGAAAACAGGGCUUUUGAACUUUGCCAAGAUUCAACCAGGCAAACUUUUUUUGUUUAUCGAUGGACUCGACGAGUAUGAUGGGAGACCCAUGGAUGCCACAGCUUUUAUCCAAGAGCUAGGGAAGCUGGAGAGCGUCAAGAUCCUCGUGUCUAGCCGACCUCUACCUGAAUUCGUCGCAGCUUUCCAAGGGAAACCCAAGAUGAAUCUCCAAGAUCUCACGAGACGGGACAUUGAGACCUAUGUCGAUGACACAGUCACACACCAUCCACACAUGACCAAUUUGGCCCUGGAAGACCCGAAAAGUUCUAGUGAGCUUAUACGGGACUUCAAUUUGAAGUCGUCUGGCGUGUUUCUCUGGGUUGUCCUUGCAUGUCGUUCAGUGCUGGAAGGGUUAGCGGCGUGUGAUAGUAUCUCGGAUCUCAAAGCUCGAGUCAACGAAAUCCCCCCAGAACUUGAAGGCCUGUUCAGACACAUGCUCCACAGAAUUCAUCCAAGGUACAGAGAUCAGAGCAUAAGACUGCUACGUCUCGUGUUCGACAACCAGACCAAGGAGGACGUUGGUUCUAUCCCGACGCUUGGACUUGCUUUGAGUGAGGGACGGGGAUUUCGCCCUGACUGGGACGAACCUCGCAUGCCAGAUCUAUCUAUGGUUCAGAAAAGAAUGAAAUGUCAAAUGAUGGAAGGGCGCUUGCGAAGCCGAUGUUAUGGUCUAGUUGAGAUUCAGCGCGUCACA